AUUCUAAUAGAUAUUAUGAUUUACACAAUGGGGGUGAGGCCUAUUUAUAUGGUAGAAAGGACUAGAGGAGGAUAGGACAUUUUAAACAAGUGGAUGGUAUGAAAAGCCAUGAAGGGUCAAGAAUCACGUUCAAGCUCUUCUUGUGCAGCCUGCAAGUUCUUGAAGAGGAGGUGCGCCCCCAACUGUGCAUUUGCACCGUAUUUCCGGUCCGACGAGCCCAAAAAAUUCGCCAACGUUCACAAGGUGUUUGGAGCCAGCAAUGUGAGCAAGAUCCUCACCGAGGUGCCUGAGGAGCAGCGCGAGGAGGCGGUGAAUUCCCUGGUGUAUGAGGCGGAGGCAAGGCUUAUUGACCCUGUCUACGGUUGCAUUGGUGCCAUAGCUUUGUUGCAGAGGAGGAUGAUGGAGCUCCAACAUGAUCUGGCCAUUGCUAAAGCUCGUCUCGCGCGCUAUGCUGUCAAGCCUUCUCCAUUCUUGGUCAUGGAUGAUCAACUCAAUAUGUGUCCUUUUACGGAUUUUCCGGUAUGCAAUGGAUUUGUUCAGAAUAGCAACCAGAAUUCCUUGGAAACAAGUCAAAGUGGAUGGAUCAAUGAAUUUAGCCAAUUCCCAUUUCCAUGAUCUCUCUCUCAUGUUAAUAAUCUGUAGAAGUAGAGCCUUUUGGUUUUGUGUUCCCAACCAAAAAUUUGCUUGAAGUUAAGACUUUCAUGGGAAUUAAUGGUAUUUUCACAAUCA